AUGAGCACUUCACCUCCACCAACCCCGCCUUCAAGAGCACCAGGUGACCAAGAGCGGCGAUUUAAGGAUAUUAGGUCGCCUUGCGAAUGGAUAGAGGACUACCGCCCAAGCGGCUUCCAUCCCGUACACCUCGGUGAUUUAUUCAAUGACGGCCAGUUCAAGGUGAUCCGGAAGCUUGGAGAGGGUGCUUACUCAACGGUUUGGCUUGCACAUGACCUGAGAAACUCUCGCUAUGUUGCCCUCAAGAUUCUCAUCUCAGAGAAUACAGAAGAGACUAGCCACGAGUUGCAUGUCUUGCAUCAUCUUGCCAAGGUUGCCCCACAAGAUGGGACAAGGCAUGUUACUCAACUUCUUUCGGACUUUGAGCACAAAGGUCCAAAUGGCAUCCAUAAGUGCCUUAUCUUUGAACCCAUGGGCCCAUCUGUCAACUCUAUGGUAUACGAAUUGCCCCAGUUCAAACCACGCAAGUAUGGAAUGAAGAUUCGUUACCCACCGCAGAUGGCGAAACGCAUCCUCCUGCAGUCCUUACGGGGGUUGGAAUUCCUUCAUAACAAUGGUGUUGCGCAUGGAGAUUUCCAGCCCGGUAAUAUUUUAUUUUCAGUCCAGUCUAUCGAUUCCCUUGAUGAGAUGUCCCUCUGCCAGGAAGAAAACGUCCAGGCAAAUUCAAUCUCGUCUCCUGUAGAGAGGCUUGAUGGCAAGCAAGACGAAUGGGCACCGCGAUAUCUCUGCCUUGCUCAACCAUUAGCACCCUACGCAAGUGUUUCCGAGAACCUCCGGGUCAAGCUAUCUGAUAUGGGUGGUGCCUACUUUCUGAACGAUCCUCCCAAGAAGCCCAUCACGCCGCUUGGCCUACGAGCGCCGGAGCUUGUUCUCAUGGGAGAGGUGGACAAGUCUCUCGACAUCUGGAGUUUUGGCUGUCUUGUUUUUGAACUCGUCACCGGACAACCUCUCUUCUGUACUCCUGCAUACGGUGACAAGACCGAAGAAGAUGAUAACCAUAUUCUUGAGCUCCAAGCAAAGCUUGGCCCACUUCCUGAUGAGCUUUACAGCCGCUGGGAAACAUCCUCACGGUACUAUACAAAGGACAGAAAGCUUUACAAUUGCCAGCUUGGUGGCAUUGACGAGGGCGAAGAUCCGCUUAUGCUAGAACAGACUUCUAUGGAGGAAGCUUUCGACUUGACAACCCCGGACUUGACUGAUGAGGAGGCAGAGAAAGUCAAGAGGCUUAUUCGUCGAAUUCUUCAGUAUGAUCCCUCUAAAAGACCCAUGAUUAAGGAUAUUCUACGCGAUCCGUGGUUUGUGUAG